ACGAUGCCGCGCGUUUGCAAGAUAUUGUCACUCCGUUCUCUUUUGUCACUUGCCUCUAUCUAAACAUUGCAGCUAAGUAGCAUCAUCAGUGUUUAGUUGAUUUAGCACAGUCAAGCCCCUUCAAAUUUCCCUGUGCGCGGCCGCAGCAUCAAGUGAACUUCGAAUCCCAAGACAGCCGCUUGCGUGUACCGAUCAUCUCUGAACGCGUCAUCGAGGGACUCGUCAGCCUUUCACAGCAUAUAUAAACUUUCCAUUAUUGUCUUCCACCGCCUUCUCUCUUCGAUAUGGAUGACGACACUAUAUCUGACUCUCCAGGCGAUACUUCGGAACUGUCUCUCGAACAGCAAAAGUCUCACCUCCAAUCGUAUCUGGAUUCUCUGCCCUAUGAGUGUGAAUCGUGCGAGGAUAUGCAGGCAAAGCUGGAGAACAUAGUUGGCAAGAUCUUCAUUUGUGCCAAGGCUAAGAACUGGCUCGUGCUCACAACAUGGGAUGGGAUGCUUCAAUGUUGGUUGCUGAUGAGAUAUCCUAUGGAUAAAUCUAUUCGCGCCAAGUUAGUCCGCUUGUAUUACGGGUUGUGUAUUACCCCCGGCAUAGAACCGCGUGUCAUUCGCAGCUGGGCCGAUAUGAUCACCCGCUUGCUAUCCAACAAGUCUGGAAUGAAGCGUAAACUAGAGUACGGUGAUGUUGACUUGCCAUGGGAGCCUCUCUGGCAUAGCGUACAGACUCAUCUGUGGCACAAGGCUCGAGUGCACGAUUCAUCGCGUUCCACUCUAAGCCUCCUUCUGUACGUGGCAGAACACUGCAAUCGUUAUUUCUCGAGACAAGAAAUUCCCAACAUGCUCUCUACUUUUUUGCCUCUACUGACAAAAGAGACAUACCUGGUCAUGAUACCCAUUUUAACCUCCUUCCUUCCACCAAGUCAUAGCCACCUAUACUUACCUUCACUUUUCAAAUUCUGGGAGGCUAUUAAUUCGGCUUUGGUAGACGACAGACUGUUGCACAUGUCAGGGGAAUUAUCAGAGGAACAUGUCGCCGGUCCAUUUGGCCUAGCAGGAGAAGAUGGCGGAGCCAAGUGGAAAGAUGUCGGUAUAUGGACACAGUCGGAAUGGAACAUGUUGGUUGGAAAGGGUUUGGCAUCUAUGACUGGACAAGCAGACACACUCGCCGAUAAACAUUCUUUCAAGAUCAAGAAAGUUGUCGAUAGAUACCAUUCCCUUGCGAAAAUUUUCGUAUAUUCGAUAUCCGUCGAUGGCCCAAUGCGACAGACAUUCAACGGGCAGCAAGGAUCUAGUCAAUCGUCUCCGAUUAGUUUCGUCGCUGGUUCAAAGGCCCUGGAUUCUCUAGAACGCCUCAUAACGAGCACAGAAUCAUUCUUUCAUCCAUCCAACUCUGGGCCCUGGACAAUUGCGCUAACAACCUUCUUACAUCGACUGGCAUCCGAGUUCGCCAAGCGUCUGAAACAGGAAGAGAAAUCGGACUGUAAAACACCUGUUACACAACGACUUACACCCAGCAUUUCGCGAGCCUUUGUCAGCAUCCUGCGUACUCCUGCGCUUCUAGCGCUUUUCUCCAAAGAUCCAAUAUGUGUAGGAUUCGCUCAAGGAGCAUUACGUGGUAUGGCCUUGCUAGAACCUGCACUGAUCAUGCCCGAAUUAUUAGAGCGCGUAUAUGGCGGUCUAGAGGUCGUGAACGAAACUCAUAGGACCACUGCUGUCUUGAGCAUGUUGUCAGGGAUUGCGCGGCCGCUCGUUACAGAAAGCAUCUGGCUUGGCGGUCAAAAGCAUCUGCUUCCGUUGUUGGAAUUGUGUCUGCCUGGUAUCGAUCUGAACGAUCCCAGCAAGACUGUUUGUACUACCAUGUUCAUUGUUGCUGCUAUCCAACAUGUGAAGAUCGGUGAUCUCUCUAUUCACCAAUCUGGAGUACCCUUAACCGAUGAUAUACUUGGUGAUGAAAUGAUGAAUCUCGACCAAGACGACACACGCUUCCCAGACGGUGUAGAGAGUCCUAUGCCUGUCCUCAGUCGGGGAGAUGAGCGGUCACUUACCCGCGACAGCACGGCUGCUUUUGCAGACUGGGUUACCUCGCUGUUCCGACGUGUUAUUGCACUCUACGAGAAUCUCCCCGAAGAAGGAGGUAAGAGAAACACCACCGGCGGCAAACAAGAAGAGAGUGUUCUCAAGUCUGUCAAGGCUAUGAUGGAUGUAGUCUGCUUGCACCUGUCGGACCAACUGUUUGAUCUGGUGCUGAACCUCGUGUUUGAUUAUGCAUCUACCAAUGCGAAGUCUAACGCCGUCAGAGCCUUUGGACAACUAGUAGCUUGUUUAGCUCGAGUUCGAGCAGAGCAGACUCUGGCGAAGUUUUUGCCGUUCUGCCUUUCUCAGAUCGAAGAUGAAUUACAUCACGGAGCUUCAAGUAUUCGCACCACAGCGCCAACCGCCGCUGUACCAUCCGACACCACUUUCCACUGGCAUGUUGCAAUUCUGCGAGGAUGCUUGGGGUACGGCGGCUUCUACCGUAGGCUUCUCCGUGUGUUGAAGCACAAAGAUCGAAUACUUGGCCUUAUCAUGCUCCUCGUUGACAAAGCAAAGAGCGAACGUGGAUACAGCAGCGGAGGUAGACUUAUCGGCCGUAUUCUUCACACCCUUGUAGGGGUGUACCCCGUCAAUAGCCGUUUUGUUAAUGCCGACGAAUGGGCAAGUACAGACUUCGAGAGAGAUCACAAUGUUCACUGGGGGAAACUAUAUGAAGCCCAAGAUGUAUCCAUUGAAUGGCACGUGCCAUCAAACGAUGAAAUUGCUUUCGUGCUUGAAAUUCUCGACAAAGUUGUAUCUCCACUACUGGACAACAUCGAAAGGUUGCUGCAAACGACAAAAAACUGGGAUAGUAGUGAUAGGAAUGACUUCUGCAGGUACCUUAACGCCUGCCGAGCGAUAUGGGGCGGCCUUCCAACUUUUCUUCAGGAACAGGAAAAGGAGGUUACGAACUCCUGCAUAAACGAGGACAUUGAAUGUCAAGAACUUCUCGUGGGCAAACUUGAUAUGAAGGCUGGUUUCGUUCUUUGCGAUUCAUCUGACCCUCGAUACCGAAAAGCCGCUGCUCAUCGAAUCCGUUUUGGUGAAAUAUGUAGCAAGGCUGCUCGGACCUUGCGCGAGAAUACGGAAGGAGAAGAUCACAUAGAUGCUGUUAGUGUCGUCGUGAAAGCCAUCGAUUCCUAUUUGCUUGAUUACGGCUUAAGCAAGGAAGGUUACGAAUCUGUCCAAAAAAGUUACGUUGCUGCAAGAGAUGGCAUUCGCGUAUGGAACGGCCAGAAGGAGAAUUCACGAUCAGUGUUCGUUAAGCGCGCACAGAUGUAUCAUUGUGGCCGCGUAUACAUGCAUGCUCUGUAUCGUCGUCGAUCACGCCUCGACGAUGGGCUGAUACAAGAACUGAUUGAGAUGGCUCUUUCACCAUAUACGCGCAUACGUCGGCAGGCUCAAUCUGUGCUACACAGUGCCUUCGGGUAUUAUGUUCGAUCUACUCGUUUCACGUUACCAUCCCUUUUUGCUGCACUUUCAAAAGGGAACGAUCCCGAUCGAAUGAAGGGCGCUUUGUAUGUGUUGUGGAAUAAAGGAAUUGACCAAGGUGCACACGGGCGCUAUCUGUUAUCCCUGCUGGAGUGUCAACACGAGGAAAAGCCCUCCAUACAGAAAUUGGUGAACAAUCUUGCUGUAGACUGUCUGCCGCAUCUGCAUGAGGAUGCGAUCCAUACAGACGCAUACUCUCUUGAUGUACCUGCAGUCGAGAGUGCACUUGACGACCUAGCGACCGAAUUUCCUCCUUCCUUUAUCGAUCAAAGGCUGCUCCAGGAGGCCAUCAGCAAGACCCCACGCCGUGUUGCAAACCGUAAUGAGAUCCAUGCCCAAACAGUCUCAUCGAUACUGGAAAUUGCUUUGAGGCCUAAAACUCAUUGGAGAUACGUACAAAUGGCAUGUCGAUUUCUGGUGGUGUUACUCCGACGAGAUACACCAGUAUCAGCUGAUGUUGCCAGUUUCUUCUACAAGCAUUCCACCAGUCCCCAGCCCACUAUCCGCGUAGAGGCGCAGCGAGGGAUAGCUUAUUUGCUGACCUACGUUAAGUUCCGGUCCUUCUCGGAUGUCGCGUCGGAUUUAUGGCUUCAUCGGUGGAAGAAUCCUUUGGCACAGAGUAUAAACGUCACGGAUGCCCCCAAUUUGCUGGAAAGGUUCGAGCACCCUAUCGAUCAAACAUCUGACCCUAUUUACGUCGACAAAAUCCGCACGGGGUUCAUAUCAUGGACACCGACGGUACAAGGCUGUAGGGCUGUGACUACGGAUAUGUCAGUAUUUGCAUGGGAAGCAGCUUCGCAGCCUUCGCUCCGCGUGAUUCGUGAGGGUGUUACUACCGAAAAAUACUUCCAAGAUCUGUCGGCAUUGUGGGGACAAGAAUCCAAUAGAAACGGCAGCACAAUCGAUCUCCGGCUAGAGAAUGUUGCAUACAUCAAGAGGCUAGCGAAAAUGUUUGAACACGAGGUCCUUGACGCUAUACUCAGCGUCAUGGACCCGCUUUUAUCAGAUUCUGAUAAAUUUAAACAGCGUGCUGGUGGCGAGUUUUUGACUGGUCUCAUACGUGGAGCGAAACACUGGCCCAAACAUGCAUCGGACAAACUAUGGGGUUGGGUUCGCAGUCGAUUGGAUCGCAUUUUUGCCGAAAUUAAGCCCGAUACGUUAACCCUUUGGGAGACCUCAUUUGCCAGCAUUUUAGAAGAUCGAGAUCCAAGGCGUAAUAAGCCGCUAAUUGAUUGGAUCUUAUCUCUACCUCUCGAUUUCAGUGGAGAUUCCGCGUUCGACAUGAGUAAGGCCCUCAGUUUAUUUGGGAUCUUGGCCGAUUCUGCCGAGCAUGUAUUCCAGCGCAGAGCUGAUCACUUCAUCAGUUUCUUCUUUACAAAUGCAAACACCAAUUAUGCUGAGAUACGGGGGCUCAUUACCCAAAUACUUACCACCUUGCUUAACAUGCAGUGGCGACCGCUUUACCCGUCCACAGAGCUUUUCCUACGCGCUUGCCAGGAAUCCGACGAUCCUUUAUUUAUUCGUCAAGCCCGAUUCCAAAAGCAAAUUACUGAUAUCCUGGCACAAAUGCCUCAAUGGCGAGAGCAACGUCUACCACCACCUUGGGUCAGCAAAUCGGAGUACGACAAAGUCGCAUUGUCGCUCCUUCAGUGGAUAUGGGUGUCGUCCUAUAGCCCGCAGGCGACCCUUGUUUUGCCAUAUGCUGUGGCUUUGAUGCCUGAAUUCCUGCGCAUGACGGAGUUCAAUGAUAACGUGGAGCUCCAAACCUAUUCCACCGCUGUUCUUUAUGUGUUAUCAGCCUUCACGCCACCCGUGGAGUAUAUUAGUCCCAUCCUGACUAACUUCGUCGUCGCCAUCAAAUCGUCAAAGUCCUGGCGCAUCCGUCUUCAAGCGCUUCCUCCCCUGGUUGUUUUCUUCUACCGAAAUUUGCUGUCGAUAUCACCGGAAGGUGUGGCCAGAGUUAUGGACAUGUUAAUGGACUGUCUAGCCGACGAGAAUGUCGAGGUCCGGGAAAUGGCCUCGAAAUCACUGUCAGGGAUUGUUCGAUGCUCGCAACGUCAAAGUAUCAUCCCCUUGAAAAAUCGAUUUAUCACCAUGACUCGCAAGGUUAAGUUGCCCUCACGCAGGGAUCCUUCGUAUGCCGAUUCCCUUCGGUCCAUGCACUCUGCUAUACUAGGACUGUGCGCUCUCAUCGAAAGUUUCCCCUACUCCGUGGAACCUUGGUUGCCCUCACUUACAGAAGAUGACACUUGGCACAAGGAUCAGCAAGCCUUCGAUGAGGAUCAGUUACAAAGCUUGUCAACCAUGCUGGUUGGUACUUCGUAUUGUAAGAAACCACGCGAAAGCAAUGUGGCUUGUGCUAAUGCAAAUCUUUAGAUGCCUGAUUUAUAUUGACCCUGACAUUUAUGAACUUUGUACUUGUAGUCAUUCCUCAAUCGCAAUAAUUUCCUUACGUUUCUGUUGAGCUGCAGUGAAAUUGCAACGGUUCUGGAAAAUACAUAAUAUCCACUUGAUAAUUCAAGGGUUUCCAUCGAUUUAUGUACUCCGCAAAGAUGUUGGAUGAAUGCGUGUUUGCCACGCCCUGAGAUGGAAUCGGUGCCGCGAUAAGUAUCGCGACCCUAUCAGCUUUGAGGCGAAGAAGCGGAGGUAAUUCUAAAAUGACAGAUCCGUAUGUGCGGGCGUCGGGUUGUAAACCUUGCACCAACG